CACGUGACAGCGCGUUAUGGACAGGCACAAAGCUAUCAUAUUGAUGAUUUUCCCAAUGCACAACCAUCAUACCAUCAGCAAAGAAGUAUUGCCGAGGAUAAGGUAGAGCAAGUUCUCAAGGAAACUACAAACGAAGACGGAGCAGAAAACGGUGACAGUUCAAAUAGUCAUAGACAGCAAGGGACCGAGUUUGAUCCAGGUCAGGCAACUAUAACAACAGACAAGGAUCAAUUACAAGGUAAAGGCACUACUAUUACUCCAGUGUGA